AGAAAAUGCAUUAUUAAUUUCUAAUGUUAUUUUUUCGCAGCUGUGUUUGCCUAACUGUAAAUAUUCAAAAGAGCUUAAAUACCACAGAGCCAAAGCUAUUUUAAUUUUUUAAAGGAUUUGGUCAUUUCCCUUUAGUAAUUUGAGGCCACUUUUGAUUAAGAUUUUAAUUUAAUAUGCAGCUUUUUCAUAUAUAUUCUUUUUACUUUAUAAUUUCUGUAUUUAUAAUCCAUGCCUUAAAAUGCCAAUUGCAUGUAUUUCUUUUCUUUUGGUUUUUAAAUUAUCAUAUAGUAAAGUUCACUUUGGCUUUGGUGUACAGUUCCAUGAAUUUAGACUUCUGUGACUACUAGAACAAUCAAGCUGAAGAACAGUUCUGUCUUCACCCAACAUUUGCUCAUUUUGAUCCUCCCUGCUCCAACUCCUGGCAACCACUGAUGUUUUUCUUCAUAUUGUUUUGGAUUUUCAAGAGUGUCCUAUAAAUGCAAUUACGUAGUAUCUUAUUUUGAAUGUCUUACAUUGCUCACAUGACUGAACAUUUUUCCACAAUUAGUUGCAACUGUGUUUUUUGUAUCUUGUAUAGUUUGUGCCUUUGCAAUUUCUUUUCUUGGGUCAUAAACAGUGCUUUUCUUACAAAUUUGAAUACCCUUAUUGUGUAAGAAUGAUGUUAACUUAUUUCUGUUGCACCAACCAUUGCUAUUUCCCGGGGUAGGUCUUUAAGUUUGGUUAUUUUCCUUAAAUGUAUAAGACCUUACCAAUAGGAAUAACACUUGAUUAAUAAUAUUGUAAUACUCUGGUGAUGCAGUCUGAUGCAGUAUCCCUAAAUCUGGGAAAGAUUGUAAAAAAAAAAAAAAAAAGUUAAAGAUGCAUUAUUUCUAGUGUGUAGGAGUUGGAAACAGACUAAAUACGUAGCUUUAGACUUUAGGAAAGCAGAUCAUAGAGCUACAGACAGUAAAAUGUCAUGCAAGAAUGACAAGGAUGUCUGCAAAGAUGUCAAAGAAACUUGAAAAAUUUUUAUAGUAAAAUGUUAAAUUAAAAAGCCAAGUAUAAUUCCAUACCCACAGGAUGAUCAUAGCAUGCAGAGAAAAACACAAAACUUGCUAAUUUUAAAAGAUGAGGGAAAAUAGAUCAAAAUAAUAACCUUUUUUUUAUUGGUGGAAAUAUUGAGAGACGUCUUACUAACUCUGCAUGUCUUCUUCAUUUUUCAUUAUGAUCACCUGAAAAGCUCUCUGAACUACAUGGAGAAAAGCACUCUGGGUAGUUCAGGUGUAAAAUGCUGCCAUCUGCCUGAAAAACUCACUCCUGAGCCUGAGGUUCUAUUCAAUGAUGUGUGAAGCUUACCCCACAAAUACCAAUUCUGUCUUCUAGAUGUCAAAUAUAUGUCAGAUCAUGUCACUGUGACCAGACCUUUAGAAAGAGGGAUACUGACUUGGCUGCCAGACAGAACGUACAUGUAUUGGACAAAUAAUCAAAAUGCUUAGAAGUAACAGAAUACUGCAAGUGAAUCUGGCCAAAUGGCCAUAUCAUCUGCAUUGCUUAUUAAGUAAGAAAUCAUUGUCUAGGCAAGACCUUCAGGAGAGAGGAUUUUGCCCCCAGCUCUCUUCCUUGCUGUAACGAAAGCCCUGGUCACCCCAGAGGUUUCCAUCUCUUCCUGAGACAGCAUUUCCCAGAUACCUGCUGGGCUGCUGUUGCCUGAUUAGAAAGCCAACCUGGGAAUAGCAGAGCGACACCAGGAAAGGCCAGAGCGCUUUAACUCAGGUUUGAUGAGUCAGUGAUCCCUCCAGACUCAAAAAGAAUUAAGGAAAUCUUCAAAAAAUCCCUACAUGGCAAAAACUUCCAUAACUGAAGAUGAUUCUCAGUGACUUUUUCCUGAUUUGUGGAGAAAUGAAGUUUUGUCUAAAAGACCCAAGUGGCCCAGGAAAGAAGGGAUUCUCAAAGAAGCUCUCUCCCGAGAACUCACAGCUGUUAGCCCCGCUCCUGCCUGGGAAUUCUAAACUCAUAGGGCCAAGGGGGCUCCCUAAAGACAAAUGUUUACGACAUCUACCUGCUAAUUCAGCAGCAUGAUAGAUACAGAACCCAACAAAUCAUGAUGUUUACACAACCAUCUCCUUUAGAUAAACUUUCCAAACUCUGCAGGAAACUAGGACUUCAUUAAUAUCUGUGAAAUUAACAGCACCUGUCAAAAGCUCCUAAUCUGUCUCUUGUAGAGCCAAAGAACACUGGCAUUUAGCGUACUGGAGAUCCCUUACAGCUUCGCUAGAUGGGGUAUUACAGGUCCAAGGUUUCCAGUUAUGUUACUCAUUCUCACUUCCAGGUUUUUAUUAUUUCACAUAGUUUUCUUUCUUUAUACAAAGGCAGAAAAGACAACCAAUGCUUUGUUUCUUUGGCUUGGAAAAAAAUAUGAGUAUAAAAUGGUCAAGAAGAGAGAGGGAGCAAGGAAGUAACUUUUUCACUGAAUAUCAGAUGAUAAUUUCAGAUUAAUGGAACCUCAGGAAAGUAGGUAAAAGAGAAAAGGUAUUUAGUUCACAUAAGCGGCCAGGACAUUCAACAAUGGAACAAUAGAUGAAGAAUUAGACUAGAUCUCUGGAUUUGGAGCCAGCACUUUGGUAACUUUCAUCUAAACCUCUUGAAAAACAUGCUGAUUUGGGGGCUUUUAUCAAGUAUUUUGUUCAUCCUUAGAUGAUAAAGCCCUAUUCUAUAGUAGUCAAUGAAUUUGGAGUUUUCUGCGUGGUUUGUUAAGUUCAAAGGCUGUGUGUGUGUGUGUAACUGUGAAGAAAGCAGACUUUUUUGAAAAUGUCCAAAGUAAAUAAGGAUCAGCUGCUGAAUGCCUUGGGCCAAUCCCAUUACACACAUAAAUAGACCAUGUAAGAAUUUUGCGGUGUCAUAUUUAACUAGUGUGACUAAAAUAGACUCGCUCUUUAUAAACUCAUUUUCUGAUCACUGUGUGCUGUUUCCUGGGCACCUACUUGAAUAACAGAAGACAUAAAACGUUGGAAAACUUUUGCCUCACUCUGCCACGACUAGGCCCCACUCCAUUAGGUUGAGUAGAAUUAACUCUUGAGUUCGUUCUCACUAACAAGGUUGAGUGCAGACUUCCAGAAAGCUGCUCCCCUCGGCAAGUCAGUGUGUGGUUUGGGGGUGCAACCAUGUCGCCAUUUCUUCGGAUUGGCUUGUCCAACUUUGACUGCGGGUCCUGCCAGUCUUGUCAGGGCGAGGCUGUUAACCCUUACUGUGCUGUGCUCGUCAAAGAGUAUGUCGAAUCAGAGAAUGGGCAGAUGUAUAUCCAGAAAAAGCCUACCAUGUACCCACCCUGGGAUAGCACUUUUGAUGCCCACAUCAACAAAGGAAGAGUCAUGCAGAUCAUUGUGAAAGGCAAAAAUGUAGACCUCAUCUCCGAAACCACUGUGGAACUCUACUCACUGGCUGAGAGGUGCAGGAAGAACAACGGGAAGACAGAAAUAUGGUUAGAGCUGAAACCUCAAGGCCGAAUGCUAAUGAAUGCAAGAUACUUUCUGGAAAUGAGUGACACAAAGGACAUGAGUGAAUUUGAGACGGAAGGCUUCUUUGCUUUGCAUCAGCGCCGGGGUGCCAUCAAGCAGGCAAAGGUCCACCAUGUCAAGUGCCACGAGUUCACCGCCACCUUCUUCCCACAGCCCACGUUUUGCUCUGUCUGCCACGAGUUUGUCUGGGGCCUGAACAAGCAGGGAUACCAGUGCCGACAAUGCAAUGCAGCAAUUCACAAGAAGUGUAUUGAUAAAGUUAUAGCAAAGUGCACAGGAUCAGCUAUCAAUAGCCGAGAAACCAUGUUCCACAAGGAGAGAUUCAAAAUUGACAUGCCACAUAGAUUUAAAGUCUACAAUUACAAGAGCCCGACCUUCUGUGAGCACUGUGGGACCCUGCUGUGGGGACUGGCACGGCAAGGCCUCAAGUGUGAUGCAUGUGGCAUGAACGUACAUCACAGAUGCCAGACGAAGGUGGCCAACCUUUGUGGCAUAAACCAGAAGCUAAUGGCUGAAGCGCUGGCCAUGAUUGAGAGCACCCAACAGGCUCGCUGCUUAAGAGAUACUGAACAGAUCUUCAGAGAAGGUCCAGUUGAAAUUGGUCUCCCAUGCCCCAUCAAAAAUGAAGCAAGGCCGCCAUGUUUACCAACACCGGGAAAAAGAGGUAGCUGUCCUGAGCCCCAGGGAAUCUCCUGGGAGUCUCCGUUGGAUGAGGUGGAUAAAAUGUGCCAUCUUCCAGAACCUGAACUGAACGUAGAAAAACCGUCUCUGCAGAUGAAACUGAAAAUCGAGGAUUUUAUCUUGCACAAGAUGUUGGGGAAAGGAAGUUUUGGCAAGGUCUUCCUGGCAGAAUUCAAGAAAACCAAUCAAUUUUUUGCAAUAAAGGCCUUAAAGAAAGAUGUGGUCUUGAUGGACGAUGAUGUCGAGUGCACGAUGGUAGAGAAGAGAGUUCUUUCCUUGGCCUGGGAGCAUCCAUUUCUGACGCACAUGUUUUGUACGUUCCAGACUAAGGAAAACCUCUUUUUUGUGAUGGAGUACCUCAAUGGAGGGGACUUAAUGUACCACAUCCAAAGCUGCCACAAGUUCGAUCUUUCCAGAGCCACGUUUUAUGCUGCUGAAAUAAUUCUUGGUCUGCAGUUCCUUCAUUCCAAAGGAAUAGUCUACAGGGACCUGAAGCUCGAUAACAUCCUGUUAGACAAAGAUGGACACAUCAAGAUCGCGGAUUUUGGAAUGUGCAAGGAGAACAUGCUAGGAGAUGCCAAGACGAAUACCUUCUGCGGGACACCCGACUACAUCGCCCCGGAGAUCUUGCUGGGUCAGAAAUACAACCACUCUGUGGACUGGUGGUCCUUCGGGGUUCUCCUUUAUGAGAUGCUGAUCGGUCAGUCACCUUUCCACGGGCAGGAUGAGGAGGAGCUCUUCCACUCUAUCCGCAUGGACAAUCCCUUUUACCCACGGUGGCUGGAGAAGGAGGCAAAGGACCUGCUGGUGAAGCUCUUUGUGCGAGAACCAGAGAAGAGGCUAGGUGUGAGGGGAGACAUCCGCCAGCACCCUUUGUUUCGGGAGAUCAACUGGGAGGAACUUGAACGGAAGGAGAUUGACCCGCCGUUCCGGCCGAAAGUGAAAUCACCAUACGACUGCAGCAAUUUCGACAAAGAAUUCUUGAACGAGAAGCCCCGGCUGUCAUUCGCCGACAGAGCACUGAUCAACAGCAUGGACCAGAACAUGUUCAGGAACUUUUCCUUUGUUAACCCUGGGAUGGAGCGGCUGAUAUCCUGAAUCUUGCCCCUCCAGAGACACGAAGGAAUUUGCCUUCUCCCUGGGAACUGGUUCAAGCGACACUGCCUGGGUUCCUUUUUCAACUUGGAAAAGAAAAGAAACACUCGACAACAAAGGCUGAGGCCGGUUCUACCCCCACGUGACUUUUAUCUGUAGCAGAAACCAAGUCUAUUUCACUAAUGACCAGGGGUCUUGACUCCUGACGUGUCUCACAGACACUCCUGAAGUUAGGUCAUUACUAACCAUAGUUAUUUACUUGAAAGAUGGGACUCUGCCCUGAGAAAGGUUUCAAAGCUUGAUACUGCAAUAAAUGAUGGCUCUUCACUCACUGCUGAUCAGGGAAAUGCUCGUUGAAUCGGGGCAAAUGGAGUACAGACAUCUCAAGACCGAAAUGGCCCCAUUGCCCGGUCUAGUAGAGGAUCUCAGCCGCAAACAAGCAACUACUAACCCAUUUUAUCCUGUUCCUAUCUGUGGACAUAUAAAUGGCUGGGGGGACAGCCCUGCAUAGGCUUUUAUGGGAAUUCUUUACAAUAAACAAGCUUGUAACUUGAGAUCUACAAAUUCAUUCAUUCUGAUUCGCCAUGAAGUCCAUGGGCAAGAGGACAGGUGGAAAGUGAGAGGGAAGUUUUGCUAGAACACCUACGCUGGCUAUCUUGUCAAGACAGAAAUGAUAUUUAGAGCUCCACCAGUUAAUAUCGUUUCACCCUUGCCAAUAAAACCUUUCCAUCCGUCCACUCUCAUCAGAUCCCAGGAUCAGUGCAGUCAUUCAUGCCAUCCUCACAUGAUACCCAGAAAAGAACUGAAGUGGGUAAUUCUCCUGAGAAAAGAACCUCAACCCCUGCUCCUGCCAUCACUGGUGAUUUCAUGACUCAUAAGCCCCUCUGGGAGCAUCAGUCAGGAUCAAUGACCCAAUGCAUGCUGUUUGCAGCAGUCAAUUGAGUUUAAUUAGAAUUCCAACCAUACACUUUAAAAGUAUUUGUGCUGUGUGUAUAUUUUGAUAAAAUGUUGUGACUUCAUGACAAAGAGGUGGAUGUGUAAAAAAUGGAAU